CGCAAGUGCUGUUUCCGCCGCUGGUGAGAGGAGCAGAGACACAAGAGCAGGGAGACCUCCGAGGCAACGAGGCAUCGGACAUGUGUCAGCACAUCUGGGGAGCACAUCCGAAGAGCCCACGGGGAGAUUUGCCGAAGCAAUUCAAACUGCGUUAUUGAUCUUGGGGGUGACUGUCCCUGGCCGGCUGUCGGGUGGGAGCGCGAGUGUGCGCUCUCUAGAGAGUGAGUGCGUGUGUGUAUGUGUGUACCGUGUCGGGCUCCCCCUUUCCCCCUGUUUUCCCGUCGAGUGAUGCACCUGGAAUGAGCAUCAGAGGAUGGAAAUAGUCUGGGAGGUGCUUUUUCUUCUUCAAGCCAAUUUCAUCGUCUGCAUAUCAGCUCAACAGAAUUCACCAAAAAUCCAUGAAGGCUGGUGGGCAUACAAGGAGGUGGUCCAGGGAAGCUUUGUUCCAGUUCCUUCUUUCUGGGGAUUGGUGAACUCAGCUUGGAAUCUUUGCUCUGUGGGGAAGCGUCAGUCCCCUGUCAACAUAGAGACCAGUCACAUGAUCUUCGACCCCUUUCUGACACCUCUUCGAAUCAACACUGGGGGCAGGAAGGUCAGUGGGACGAUGUACAACACUGGAAGGCAUGUGUCCCUCCGCCUGGACAAGGAGCACUUGGUCAAUAUUUCAGGAGGGCCCAUGACAUAUAGUCACCGCCUGGAAGAGAUCCGGCUACACUUUGGAAGUGAGGACAGCCAAGGGUCUGAGCACCUCCUCAACGGACAGGCCUUCUCUGGGGAGGUGCAACUCAUCCACUAUAACCACGAGCUAUACACGAAUGUCACAGAAGCUGCGAAGAGCCCGAACGGAUUGGUGGUAGUUUCUAUAUUUAUAAAAGUUUCUGACUCAUCAAACCCAUUUCUUAAUCGAAUGCUCAACAGAGAUACUAUCACAAGAAUAACAUAUAAAAAUGACGCCUACUUACUACAGGGACUUAAUAUAGAGGAACUGUAUCCAGAGACCUCUAGUUUCAUCACCUAUGAUGGGUCAAUGACUAUCCCGCCCUGCUAUGAGACAGCGAGUUGGAUAAUAAUGAAUAAACCUGUGUACAUAACCAGGAUGCAGAUGCACUCCCUACGGCUCCUCAGCCAGAAUCAGCCAUCGCAGAUCUUUCUGAGCAUGAGUGACAACUUCAGGCCUGUCCAGCCACUCAACAAUCGCUGUAUCCGCACCAACAUCAACUUCAGUUUACAGGGGAAGGACUGUCCUAACAACAGGGCCCAGAAGCUGCAGUACAGAGUAAACGAAUGGCUCCUCAAGUAGGGAACUAAGCCAAGAAGAAUCCCACCUCAGUGAAAUUCUACAACUGUGAAUUGACGUAACCCAGAAUGCCCCCUUUCCCGUCCUUCCUCCCCUAAGCCUUUCACUCUUUGGAUUGGCCCCCCUUUUCAUGAGAAUUGUCUGCAAAAAUGUUUCAGAGGAGUAAAUCCCUCUGCACACACACACACACACACACACACACACACACCCCUCCAUGAUGGGAAAGCCAAGUUUCAGAAACAAAGGUUCAUUCAUCAAAGGUCUUAGAAGAAAACAACCAGUUAACCUGAUUACAAUUUUGAUACUGUUUUCCUGAACUAAUAACUCAACCCAAUAAGACUUCGCAGCCUUUGUAUAUACAAAAUUCUUCCAAAAGAGAGUGGGGAGAAAAACACCGCUCUAAAAGCAUCCAGCGGACUCUGCACUGCACCUCAUCGUCUCUGACAGCGUCCUGGGCCACUCCGAGGGUGCUGUGACAGGUGAACCAGGACAAAGCUGACCAAGGACACUUAUUUCUAGAUUAUGAUUCUUCUGUUUACUCAAUGAUUUAAAAAGAAAAUCUUCAAAAAAAAAUAAAUAAAAGGACAGACAUCAAAGAGCUAUACGUUGUAUAUAUUUAUCACCGCAGACUAUAAGAAUGGAAUUAUUUCCCUCUUUGUCACAUAACUGUACUAGGACUUGCCCGAGAUCAGAAUCGAUUCAUUCGCUGUCUCUUGUUUUCCGGAGGUCAUACAUUGUGUUUGGUUAUUGUUAAGAGCCCAAUAAAUGUGUUCAAUGCGUUGAUUUCAUUUUUCUGGCUUUGGUCUGUUCUCCCUCCUGCCAGGCUCAGCCCACGCAGCUACCUUCUUGGAUCUCCCGUGUCCCUUCAUCUCCAUGUUUUGUUCAUUUGCAGCCAGUUUUACUGAGUUUGUGGCAAGCAGGAAUGCAUUUGCUAAGCAGGUAUAUCUUUCACUCCACUCCAUGGCUCGACCAUUCAUCCCAGGUGAGCUUCGCCUCACGUAGCAGGCGACAGACUCCUUGCGUUUCAAAACUGCCAUUCCCCACGCCCAGCCCCCAACCCCUGUGAUGCUCCCAAAGGAAUGCACUUUGCCUUGUAAAUUCCUGGGAAAAUGGGGUAUCUUUUCUCUCCAGGUGCAGCCAGAUCUCACAAAGUACAAAAGAAUGCCUUUCUUUUCUUGUUUAUAAUGGUCACUCACUGUGUUUGGUUACUGUCAAAAAAAAAAAAAAAUCAAUAAAUGUGUUUAACAAGUUG